AUGAAGAAACAAGGUUCAGACCACAGUUCAGACCACAAACAACAAGAGAAUGAAGAACAAGAUAACAUAGAGCAAAGUACUAGCAAAUCCCCUUCACCGCCGCUUCAUUCUCUCUCAGACUCCCCAAUUUCCGACGACCAUCGCUCCCUCCCUCUAGUCGCACAACCGCCGGUGGUAACUGCUCACCGAUUCCAGGUUGAGCCAGCUGUCAUCACCAAGGUAGAUCCCGGCGCAGAAGAGGGUUUCGUCGGUGUAAAAGAGGUUGAACGUGAACGAGAACAAUCCACCACCGGAGAUGGUGGUGGUGGUGGUAACCGGAGAUUAAGACCCGACGUGUCGAGUUUGUUGAGGUCGGAGAAAGUUGUGAAUUUGAAUAAGUUUUUGUUGGGUCUUAGAAUUGGUGGAUUUGUUUUCUGCUUGGUUUCUUUUUCUGUGUUGGUUGCUGAUAGGAAAAAGGGUUGGGCUCUUGACUCUUUCUAUUUGUACAAAGAAUUCAGGUAUAGCUUAUCUGUGAAUGUGAUUGGGUUUGUGUAUUCGGGGUUGCAGAUAUGUGAUUUAGUCAAGUACCUGAUCAGCAGAAAGCAUAUAGUGGACCAUAGACUAAGGGGUUACUUCACUUUUUCAUUGGAUCAGAUCUUGACAUACCUUCUAAUGUCUGCAUCCUCAUCGGCUGCCACUAGAACUUAUGACUGGGAGUCCAACUGGGGCAACGACAAGUUCCCGUUCAUGGCAAAUGCAUCCGUGGUUUUGUCUUUCAUUGCUUUUGUGGUGUUUGCCUCGGCCUCUCUGGUCUCGGGUUCUAUCCUUUGUAGGUUCUGA